AUGCCUGACCCGUUAGCUAUGACUGCUCCUUGGUGGAUCGGCUGUUGCUUAUGUGCUGAGCUCAUUCAGGCUCGCUGGAGUUGGCGCUGUGCAUACACAAGGGGCGAAGACAGGAGGAAAAUAAUCCUGCUGAGAAGGAGCAGAAAUAUUUUUGUCCAGUUACCUUCCUCUUUCCCUUUUUAAUUUCUCCUCAAAGCUGGAUCUGUGGGUGUCUCAAGCUCUCUCUUUCCCUUUUUUUGGAAAGAGGAGGCUGUCCCCACCACCAGCAGCUGUUGUUUGGUGAGGGCAGGAGGUAACUCUGGGAAAGACGCAGUCCAGCUGCCUGGAUGCCUUUGGAUGUUAUGAUUGCUCCCUCUGAGGACCAGACCUGGCCAGACAUGCACAAGGGGCAGAUGAAGCUGAAAAUCAGGGUCAGGCGAAUGAAGGAGAGCAGAGACAUACGAGGGGGCUUUGCCACCUUCUCAUCUUGCUUCCCAGGACUCUGUGAAGGGAAACCAACUACCAUCCUGCCAAUGAGUAUCUCUCAGCCAUGCUUGCCAGUGGCCAAUGUUGGCCCAACCCGCAUCUUGCCUCAUCUCUAUCUAGGUUCCCAGAAAGAUGUCUUAAAUAAGGACCUGAUGACCCAGAAUGGGAUAAGCUAUGUUCUCAACGCCAGCAACUCCUGUCCCAAACCAGAUUUCAUCUGUGACAGUCACUUCAUGCGCAUUCCAGUCAAUGACAAUUACUGUGAGAAACUACUUCCCUGGCUGGAUAAAUCAAUUGAAUUUAUUGAUAAGGCCAAGGUUUCUAGCUGCCAGGUGAUUGUGCACUGCUUGGCAGGGAUUUCCCGAUCGGCCACCAUUGCCAUUGCAUACAUCAUGAAGACCAUGGGCAUGUCUUCAGAUGAUGCCUACAGGUUUGUCAAAGACAGACGUCCCUCCAUAUCACCCAAUUUCAACUUCUUGGGUCAACUUCUAGAGUAUGAGAGAAGUUUGAAGCUACUCAAGGCUUUGAAGGCCCAAGGAGAGAAAGGUGAAGGGGAAUCCCAGCAAGAAUACUUUGAGUCAUGUGAAGGUAACAGACCCCAGACUUUGUCUACCUCAGAAAAGCCUGAGGAGGUAUUAAAAAGCACAAUCUUGGAAACAUCCUCCAUUGACUCUGAGCGGUCAUUAGGAAUUUCAAAGGUUGUCUCACCGAUGGCAUUGCAGCAAGGACUCAAUGGGCUGCAUUUAUCUUCUGAGCGCAUUCAAGACACCAACCGACUAAAGCGUUCUUUUUCUCUGGACAUCAAGUCAGCCUACUGUCCUAGCCAAAGGCAGGAUGUCCCAGGUCCUACAGAAGUAGAGGAAACGCCCAAGCUUUGUAAGCUGGACAGCCCUUCGGGUCCCAAUGGUACGUGCCAGUUUUCUCCUGUUCCAGAUGGUUCUGACUGGCCCAGUGGACCUGACUUCAUUCUAGAGGCCAAAGUACGACAGCGACGGAAGCACAGGCACCAAGCAGGCUCCCCUGCCCAUGGGCUGAGCCUUAAUUUCAGUGGGGUGUGCGCCAUGCACAAAAGCACCAGCAUGGAGGACAGUCUCAAGCAGACCCUUCGGCUGAGCCUUCCCAGUGUAGGGCAGCAGCUGGCACAGCCAGCCACAACCCCGUCCUCUGCUGGGACUUGGGGGAUGCACUUGGAAUCCCCAAGCACACCUUCUGCUGAGAACCCCUGGUACUUCAGCACAGACUCGGCAGCAGGCAGCAAAGGCAGUGGGAGUGGGGCUCUGUUUGCCAGUACCACCACCUACUCCUCCUUCAGCUGCAGCACAAUCCAGGCAAGCUGUGAGAUCAGACUAAGGGACAAGCAACGAGGAGAGCAGCGAGAUGUGCGACACAGCUGGCACGAGGACACCAUGCCUGAGAAGCAGUUCAAAAGAAGGAGCUGCCAAAUGGAAUUUGAGGAAACCUUAUCAGAGAGCAGAUCUCGGGAAGACCUGGGCAAAAUUAGCAAACAAUCUAGUUUUUCAGGCAGCAUGGAGAUCAUAGAGGUGUCCUGAUUUUCACUGUGUGAGAUUUGAGAGCAAGUGUGGGUACAUCGGGUGUGGGAGGGGAAGGGAGGUAGGGAGGAGGAAGACUGGUGAAAUAUUUAACUGAGGAGAAGAAGGGUGUGGGUACGGGUAGGAGCAUUUUUUUCAUAUGCCCAUGUGCAUUUCCAAAGGGCAUAUCCGCUAAAAUGAAGGCGAAGCUAAAGGAAUCUGAAGUCAAGAAACAUAACGGUGCAUGCUUAGUGCCUCCUUUUGUUCCUACCUCCACACCACAACAAACCACAAUCACAUUCCCUUUUGGGUAGGUGGAGAGUGUAUUAACUCUUUAAAUAUUGGGUUCUUUUCUUUUGCAUGCAAAGGGUGCUUUCUCUUCCCCUUCAGAGGGAAUAGGGAGAGCUGAUGCAUGUCUCCUAAGGUGGGUUGAAAGAGAAAUGAGGGCAAAAUUUAAGCUUGCAAGUGAAAGUUUUCUUGGAGGAAAAUGGUUACUGUUUGAUCUGCAGAUUUGCAAUGGGAAGAGUUAAAGGGAAGCAGGUUCUUUUCUUUGAAGAGUGUACUACUAAUUAUAAUUAAUACAUUCCUAUCUAAUUUAUAGGAAGUAAUUGAGAUUUUGCCCAUCCGUUUCCAUUACAGAAGGGGCAUUUCCUUUCUAUUCCAUCAGGGUUGGACAAUAUAUUGGUGGCUCUUUCCCAGAUUCAGGUACAGAAACCUGGUGGGGCUUCUUUUCCAAGGCUCCCUUCUUCCUAUACUGAGCAUGGGCCUUUGUGUUUCUCUGGCUAGUAUUCUUUACUGCUGCUGUAUAGCAGUCCUAUAUAUAUAUAAAUAUAUAUUAUAUAUAAUAUAAAAGAGAGAAAAAAAACACAAAAAAGUUUAAAGGUUUUACUACAGUUUUUAUUGAGACAAAUAAUUUUCAACUUUUCUUUCUAAUUUAUUUGAAGCUGUUCAUUCUGGCAAUGAUUUUCAGACAAUGUAGGGGCAGUACUCCAGCUCUAUUUUUAUGUAUGUGGUAUUUAAAUCUGAAACAUGAGUUUCAAAGCAAUAUCUUAGGCCUGUGGCUCCUUCUAUGGCUUGCAUCAGUGGUGGAGGCACCCCCCAAAAGAGAAAAAGAGGUGUGUGUGAGUGUGUGGGUGUGUAUAUGGGCAUACGCUUUUUAUUUUUUAAAAAAAGUGAGAAAAUCUUCAACACAAACUGAGCCAGGAAUUCUUCUUAAUGCUUCUUUAUUUCCUUUUUCUAUCACACCUGCUAUCAAAGCCAUAAAAUCUCCUUCCUGGGUCUGAGCAGGGGAUAGUAGAGUUGUGGCUGCAAGAGUAGGCUUGGCUAUAAGAAAAAGGGUACCUUGAGUAAGAAGGGGGAGCAGACAACACAGGAGCUGUAUAUUCAAUUAUAUAUGUGCUGUCUGUAACGGGAGCACAUUAGAUGUGGACUCAAAUUAUUUUGGGAGGUGGGGGGCUUUUCAGAAGGCCAGAGUAUUUAUUUUCCCAGUAACUUAGGAGGACUGGCAGGCCAUACUCUUAAACCCAAGGGCAGGGUAUUCUGAAUGGCUCCUCUUGUUCAAACAGUAUUAAACCCAGCAUCUGUGGAAGGAGUUGGAGGUGGAAGAGAAGUUUGGGCCUAAGAUUGUUGAAUGAAAUGUUGCAGUACUAGAGUAAAAAUCUCUUAAAAUAUCCUCAGGGCUGCUUUAGGGAAGCAGCCAGGAGGCAGUGUCCUCCUACUACUGCAAGAACUGGCAUUCUAGCUUCAGUUCUCCACCCAAAAUCUCUGUCUCCUCUAAGUACUCAUUUACCAUCUAUCAGGGAUUUCUCAGUGAAUGCCAAUCAACCAGUGAGAGAACAGUCCAAAGACAAAGUUCGCUUAGCAGGUCAUCAAAGUGAACAGCCUUUCAAGAAAUGACAUUCUAGAAAGGACGUGGAAUAUUUUAGGCAUAAUGUGAAGAGCUUGCCAACCCACACCAAAUUCCCAUUUUCAUCAUCUAUCUUCUAAGCCUCUAGAAUGUUAUUAAGAACUUCAGUUCAGCCAGAGAUUUUAUUUGUCUUGACUUUAAGAGAGUAGUUUUAAUGACCGGGAUAAGAAAACUAGUUCUGAAAGCUUCAUCUAAAUAAGUCACUGGGAAAUAUUUGGAUGAAGUUCUUAGGCAGGUUUCUUAACUUUUUUCUCAUUAAGGAGAAAUGGAGGGAAGAUUUCUCUGGCACCUUGUAAAACAUGUAUAUCAUAAACCAGAAGAGGCCAUAGCCAGCUCAGGACUUUUUCACACUACAAGUGGAUAAUUGAACCACUGUUCCCAGUUGUAAAAAGUAUACUAAUAAAAUAAAGAAUGUAAAAUAUAUCACUUCUUACUGGUAGACAUCUGCUGCUCAAUCAACUUUAUAGUAGGGCUGGCCUCAGAUGAGGAAAAUGGUUUAACAUAUUGAACUGUAGGCUGAUUCAGAUGUAUUUCUGAUGUGAAGAUCGUUUGAAAAAUACAACACACUGCUGGUUGUCCAAUGGGGCAGGGGGUGUUAUUUGUAAGCCACUGACUGUGCGGAUGAGCUCAACCAAGCAGAGGGUCUCCAUCUCAGUGUGUCAUUUUCCUGGGAACCACUGGUGUGGAGGCUCUCCAUGUGACUGGGCUGCUUCACCUGGUAAGUAGUUGAUCAAUGUUACAGUCCCAAUGUUGUAUGAAAUAUUUUUUGAAGGUCUCUAUCAGAGGGCCAUGUUGUUUACAUUGCCUUUAACAGGUACAGAAUGGAACUUUAGGGCAAGCAAAAGGAACACGCAUGUCAAGAUAAUAUUGGCCACAAGUGUAAGAUCCCAGUCGAAACACAAGAGUGGGAAGAGAUGUUGCACAUUUUCAUUAUUGGCUACUCUGGACUUACUUGUUUAGGGCGAGCUGCAAAGGAAUCAGCUCAGCUCAUGAUACAGAGGCACCACAGGGCUGCUUCAUCUGUUUAAGAUAAAGGCACAGAACUGUCUCCCUGAAAGCACAUUUUUCUCUUUGUGUAUCUGAUUUUGCAUUGCUCCUUUCGUAUCACAUGCUGGUUUUUUUGAGCCAAUACCUCAGGGUUGUUUGUGUAGCUUUUAAAAGGAAAAAAAAAUCUUUUUAGUGCAUUUCUUUUCCCAUUUCUUUUCUUGUUCAGCUGUAUUUUUUUAAAAUACACAAGAUAAAAAUAACAAUCUCAGGUUCAAACUUUGCAAACAAAUAACAAACCACGGGGGAGCAGCAAUAACAUGUUCUUGCAUCAGGUUGUCUGUUUCCUGACCAUAGUAAUUGCUGUCUACUUUGCCAAGACACAAAGUAGAGAGAUCCUCAUUGUAUUUAUUCUACCACUGUCUGUUCCGAUUAGAUGCUGCAAGCUCAGAAGUGACCAUGUGGACCUGUGUGCUAUUUGGCAAAUAAUUUGCAGAGGGCCAUUGGACAGUGUGAUAGGAGAGAUUUAGUUAGGUUCUCACACUGGGAGUAUAAUUUUUUUUUUAACGUUGAAUUGUUAUGGUAAAAGCAAGAUAAUGUAUUUUGCUGCAGCUUUAUCAGAGUCUGGUUCUAUAUCCACAGAUGCUAAAAGAUAAAAUCCUCAUUUCACCUGUGAGCUUGCAUCAGAAGUGCAGAUGAAAAGUUCUUCUUUAGGAAUUCCUGAUCUUGUGAAUGUGUGAUUAAAGUAGGAUGAGCACUAACCAAUCAGGUUAAAUGAGCUGGAAUUACGUGCUCCUGGAUUCCUCUCAUUGAUAUUUAUGAGAAAAGUUCUGUUCAACUCCUUUCUGAGAAGCAUAGUAUACCCAUGGUCUCUGGCAAAUGUUAUUCCAAACCCAGGGAAUAAACUAAUUCACUAGUAAAUAUUCAACUAGUAGCGAUACCAAAUCUCUGUAUAACUUAAAAUUGUUUUAUAUUUGCUUCCUGUUGUUCCUCCAUAAAGUUCAUUAGGUAGCUCCAUUUUAUCAUCGCAACAAACUUAUGAGGGUUUCUGGUCUGACGUGUUUAGAAUUUCCACAGAGAAACCAACCUGCUCAUCUAAAGCCCAGAUCCUCCUAAGGUGACCCAAUUUCUGGCCUUCAUGCACAGGCACAGCAAAUUUGAAAACUUUGAAAAACCAAGUUUAUAAAUUCUGGCCCAUUUAAAAACUAUAUUUGUCUGUGUUGGGAAUAAUAUGACAAAAAUUAUUACACGUUUGAACCAAAGCAGUAUUCCACAUAUGGGCAAGAAAUAUUAAUAGGCAUAGUUUGAGAAAUUUCAGUUACUUUAGCUCUGCUGCUGAAUACUCAUUCCUUGAUCCUAAUUUAAAAAAAAAAAAUCUGCACUUAUCACUGAUAUUAUUCUGAUAUCAGUGCAGUGAAAGCAUGAUUCAUUCUAUUCCUCUUUAGAGGUAUAAACUGGGUUCAUGUUUAUAAUAUUCAGCAUAUAUUGGAAACCAGAAUAGUAUCCCUUUUAACUGCUUUAUAACAGACGUUUGGAGGUCUGGAGGUCCUAGAAAUCUCUUAUGCUUUAAAGGCAUGGCAGAAGAAUGUACCAAUUAAUCCUAACAAUAGAAUAAUAAACAUGAUUAAAAAUUCAAAGAUUCAGAGCUGCUACAAUUCAUUGUGUCAGAAAAGAAUCCAGAUUAGAUUAAGGUAACAAAGUUGGCCCUUUUCCAUCCGAAGGGGAAAAAAAUACUGUGAGACUUCUAUGAAAGUCAGAAGUUAAGGCCAGAUAGAAAGGGACAAAGAACAUUUGGGGAUUGUCAAGGGAUGGGAGGAUAAUCAUACAAAGAACAGUUUGUUUAAAUUGGUUAAAGAGUGAAGUUUUCCAGUGUUGUUCUGAUGUGCAUACUUUUCCUGUCUAGCUUGGAUAGGAAGUUUAUAUGCACCAUCUAACAAUUAGGAAAGUACUUUUGGCAAACGAUCUUUCAAUGGUGUCACAGCGAAAACAUCAGAAAUAGUUCACUAAUUUCAGUAAAUUCAGUGUAUAGUCUUCUGUAGGACCAAAAUUUGAUCCAGAUUAGCAUCGCUUUCUCUGAAAUCUUGUCAGGAAGAGAGCUUAGCAUACAGUUGUGAUUUGAUGUUCAUACUUCAGCUACAUAAACAUUCCCUAAUGUGGUUCCUUUCAGAUAUGUUGAAAUGGCAGUUUAUAGAAAUCCUAGGAACAAGGUCAUUGGCCAUUUUGGCUGAACUCUGUUGAGUUGCAGUUCCAACCCAACUGAAAAACUCCAGGUUAGGAGCUCAAUUACAUGUUCGUCUACAAUUUAUUCUGACUCACUAGCACUCUGAGUGAGAACUAGAGAAAGUCCCACAUGGGAACCAAGAGUCUUCAGAUAGGCUGAGUAAAUGGACAAUCAGGAUAAUGUAGAAAUGUUUGAUUUCUCUACCAUUCUAAAAUAACAUACCUUUCAGGAUGCCAAGGAGAUUUUUUGAGCUUGUUUAAAAUAAGGGCAAGAAGGAUCCUCACAUAUCUUAUUCUUGAAUAGAAUGUCAGUGCUAAUUUUCCUCAAAUAUAGCCAAAUGCCACGUAGGGCUCAAUAUUUGUAGAAAAAGUAGGGUUAGGUUAAUAAUAUAAUGCUAACCUUGAAGGCCAGGUUGAGAACCAUCUUUAUUAUAAAGCAGUUUGUUUUGGGUAGCAGUUAACUGCAACAGUAUCAGUUUCUUGCUGCUAACUCUCCAUCUCCAGAAUGAGGGGAAAGAGACAUGCUACUUUAACUUCACUUCAGGUACAAAAUUAUCCAUUUUCCUAGGUCUUACAUAGUGAUUUUCUGGCUUGCAGCACCUUUUUUUAAUUAUUUUUGCCCUGUGACAAAAAGUUUUGUUUUGCUUUGUUUUGAAGGCUUUGCUGUGAUUCUUCAUCCUUCUGCCUGUUUUAUCAUGUGUCUGUUCUGGUUUUAUUUAUUAUUUCUGUCCUCUUUGUUUCUUGUACCCCAUGUGCCGUUUUCAUGUCUCCUCUACUGGAUGCCAAUCCCUUAAAAGGAUAUCUUUCCUACUUUCCUCUGGAUCCUAAUGCUAAUGAUAAUAAGCUAUCAAUGUUGUAAUUGCAAUGUAUGGAUUAUAGAUUUAAGUAUUUAUUAUUAUAUUAUGUAAUUUUGCUUCUAUGUAUGUUGAUCUUUGUUUCUCUGUUGUGAAUAUAUACGGACCUUUCCCUUCUCCACCUGCCCUCUGCUUUCUCUGAUUCCAACUGUAUGUAAAGGCUAGUCAAUACUGUGGCAUGCGUGAUUGCCAAAUAGUAUACAGAAGGAGGUGGAGAAGGCCUUCUCUCAGGGAUAUUGUGUUCUCUUAAAAACUCUGCCAGACACUGAAGCUUCCUCAAAUCGACUAAAGUUUUGUAGGAAGAAAGAUAAAAGCUCUAACAUGUUUUAAAAUAAUAAAAAGUGCAUCAGGAGAUACAGAACAGCUCCUGUUUUUCAUCCAACAGCAGUUUUCCCUCUUCUGGACUACAAAUCCCAGCACCCCCAGCUAGGUGGGAAUUAUAUCCUUACUCAUCUGGUUGGUAUUAGGUUGGGAAAAGCAGCCACAGACUUGUUCCAUUGCAGACUAAUUUCAGGGCAGUGAUUUCUCCCACUGGAAUUAUAAUUUGAUGAGUGCUAAGAACUCAAAAUUGUUUGCACUCUGGAGAAAAUCUAAUUUCCCAACGUCUUUUCAAGUCAUGCUUCUGUAUCAAUAGCCAUCAUGCAGAUGUGUUUGAUCGAAACCAAAAGCAGUUAAAAAGAGGUCUCUAGUCUCCAAAUCCUGUAAUAAAACCCAGUUAAAUUUGAUUUUGUACUCUAGAAUUUUUGUCACCUUAGUAUUGUGAUUACAUUAGACAUUACAGGACAGAAGAGAGAGAGACCUUGUUCCCUUAUCUGAAAGUAAGAGCUCUUUCAAGUUAACAGUGUUCAGAAAUUGACAUCAAUAGCACGAAAGACUCAGAUUAUUUCAUUCUAAAGUUGUAUAGAUUUCACCCACUAUACAACUUGUAUAGUGGAAUAUUUGUCAUUAAAUGUAUUUAGUAUUAUUGCCCCAAUAAAAUUCAAAGCUACAACUAUUUUCUAUAUAGUUGCAGGUCAUGGGCAAGUCUAUCUGACUACUUCAGUAUACUGAAGCAAUUAUGACUGGUUCAUACACAGAACAAGUGUCCCUGUUUCCUCUCAGGUUUGUCAUAGAACCUGAAGUGGCUAAAACUACCAGGUGCAAUUCCUGUGUCUCUGGGAAUCGUUUAGAGACUGAUAUCCCAAUUUUCCUUUAUUGCUCAAUGAAUAGAAGUCAGUAUUGCAAAUUGUGAGCAAAGUGCGUUUGAGUCUUUCCUAUAAUCAUCUAUCUGCCACAAUGUUUUCCUAGCCAUCCUCAGUAGGAAUCAGUAGAAUAGCCACUCAACAAAUUAUUUUGAGAUUUUGGAGAGGAGGUGCAAAAUGUAUUUUCUGUUGCAGUAUGUUGCGUUUAUUUAUUGUUGCUCAGAAUUCUUUUGGAAAGAGUAGAGAAAUUGACUUAACUUUCUCAGAAAGCAUACACAGAAUCCCUUUUGGUCUCUUGUCUGUGGAUCCACAUUUAUAUUCUGCAAGUUCUUCUGCCUUGUAAACAACGGGAAAUUAUUUGACUAAGGGGUGAGAUGCUGAGCCUCUGACACAGGCAUGGAACUGAAGACCUCAGUCUGUGGAGAUCCUCAAACAAGAGAUGAGGAUUUUGUUCUCAGAUACAGCAAUUCAUAAGCAAAGAUUGCUGUAGGAAUGGAAAUUUGGAUAUAAACAUUUGUAUGUCCUGGGAAUGAAUUCUGAGUACCAUCUAGGAUGGGUGAGGGGUGUGGGGAAAUGACACUGCAUCUGGUCUCUGAGUUUGUCCUCUUCUUCUCUCGUGAUAACCAGACUACAUCCCCUUCUGCCUGCUAAAGGAAUGCUAACAUUGGAUGUUGCUUGGCAGGAUUGAGUGGUACACUCGGCCCCUGCGUUGACUUUAUUUAUUACUGAAGGCUGUAAACAGCAGCGCUUUUUACCCUCUCUUUCUUUUCCUUUCUUUUGUAUUUGGGAACAAUGUGUUGUAAUAAAUUCCUGAUAGAUGUUUUAA